AAAAAAAAUAGCCCGCGGAGAAGGCGCCACCAUGCGGUUAAGAGAGUACAUUGAAUUGGUGUGCAACACGCUCCGCCCGGCGAGUCCAGCCAGUCGGUAACCGAGAUUGGUCAGGUGCAGAUGCAUGCAUUCCCUUGAGCAGGACUGAAAAGUGGUCCUAUCGUCCUCGGAAACAUCUUUCCCGCCUUAUUCUCGGUUCACCAUUGCAGUUUCUAGGGGUAUUUUGUCUGAUUCGAAACGUCUGAUACAAUGCCGCCGCACUCGGAAGUGGAGAGCGAUCCUUUCGUGGAUGUCAGGCUCCGCAGGCGGAAGCGUAGCCGUUCCAUUUCUCCCCGUCAUUUACGGAAGACGUCGGAAUCGUACGAACCCAACAACAAUCGGAACAAGUGUUGCUCCAACAAACUCGCGUCUUCGACCAGCAGCAGCCGGAGCAGCAGCGUGUCGAGCGAGGUGCGCUUGCUAAGGUCGGAAUCCAAUACUUCGAUCGUCGGAACACCAUCUCCAACGACUGUAGCCAUUCCGCAACCGGUUGUGGUCAAUUUUCACGAAGCUCCAACUUUUCUCCAGUUCAACCCGUUCAUCUAUAGAGGCUAUCGCACUAAUUUGUGCAUCGUUACGUGCAUCAGAAGCCUGUUUUGGUGGACGAAUGAAACGCUCAAUGCUUGGACUCACUUGCUCGGAUGGAUCUAUUUCGCCUACUUCACUGUGGAUGAAGUCCUUCAGCUGGUCAACAGCAAUGACAUUUCAUGGCAAGACAGCGCCAUCAGCCUCUUGAUAGUUUCCUGUUUCCAGAUUUGCAUGGCUAUGUCGACAGGCUAUCACACAUUUUGCUGUCAUUCGAAAGAUUUUUACCACUGCUGGCUCUCCUACGACUUAUGUGGCAUCUCCUUCAGCCUCUUGGCUAUUUACACCACCGGGAUUUAUUACGCCUUCUGGUGCCAGAACGAAAUUAGAACAAUCUACAUCACCGUAAGUGGAACUCUAUUUGUGGUGGCCUUGGUCCUCCAAACAACACCAAAAUUUCUUACGGACGAUUACAGCCUCACUCGCUUGAUCUUCUUUGUUUCGUGGAGUUGUUUUGGAUUCCUUCCGUGCCUUCACUGGAUUUGGCAGAAUGGUGGAUUUAGUACCCCAAAUGUGUUUGAUUUGGUUAGCCAGAUUGGUAUCAUGUACCUGAUUUGUGGCUUAGCUUUAUUCUUCUAUGUCACUAAAGUACCCGAGAUUUGGUUCCCAGGUUCCGUUGACUUCAUUGGUAGUUCACACCAGUGGUGGCACAUCAUCAUUUUUCUGGCUUUCUAUCACUGGCAGACCGUCGGCAAGUAUUUUGCCGAUAUGCGAUCCCAUCACGGAUGCUUUGAGUUUAAUCAAAUGGCAAUUUCGUCUUCGUCGGUCUUCAACGUCACUGGCGAAAACGUUCCCCGUGGUACCGUAUUUUAGUGGUCAGAUUUAUAGGAUUAUUAGACGCAAGAAUAUCCUGUUAUAUUGGUAAAACUUGUGUUGUCUGGGAUGCAAUGGCUCAAACGUCGAUUCGUCGAUUCGAUUUGUAAAUUUGUUGCAUUGUCAUGAUAUGUACUUUCAUUUUUAUUUCACCAUUCUUGAUCAUCGUCGCAGGACUUAUAAUAAUAUCUAUUGUUCUAAAUUCGGUACAUUUUUAAAAGUAAUAAAAUCAUAUUUAAAUAAA